UUUGUCAAACGGCCGCUGAUUGCUACACGACGAGCUGUGCACUCUGUAUGUGAUGGGAUAGGCACAAAUGAUGUGAAAAUGUCAAUGCCUUUACACGAAUUGUUUAGGAGUGAUUAUAAUCACUUUGUUCUUAUAAUGCUCCAAAUUGGGUCGUUCUUUUAACUGGGAAGUAUUUGACCUGGAUCAAUCAUGGUGAAGAGAAAAAUUACGGAUGAUUCGGACAGGAAUUCUGCAAAACAAAUCCCACUACCGAUUCAAAUUUUUCUUUGGAGGCAGACAAGUCCGUUCAUACGACCAAAGCUUGGCAAGCUAUACGAAGCCAGUUGUGUGUCUUUUGAAAGAGUGUUCGUGGAGAACAAACUUCAUGGUUUGUCUCCCAGCCUUUCGGAUGCCAUUAACAGCAUUCCCAGAUGGCAGCUCAUCCAAGCUGCCUUUCCUCAUGUUGUCCACUGCGGUGCUGCCCUACUCAACAAUCGAGCCAAACUUGGACAUAUGGACAAACUUGGAAAUGCUGAGACCAAGCUACUUCACACGCUUCAAUGGAUUCUCCUGGAGGCCCCCAAGGAAUGCCUAUGGGAGGAGAUGAGUCCAGAGGAAGCGAGUGGCAACAAACCAGUUUGUCAACCGCAGUAUCCAUUGGAUUCCUUACAGUUGUUUGUAUACAUGUUUGCCCCAUUAAUAUACAGUGUCAAAGAAAGUGAUUUAACAUUUCGCCUUGCUAAUGGUCUCAGACUUUGGCAGCCUCUCUGGGAUCACAGACAACCAGAUAUCCCUAGCUUCAGUGCUCUUGUAAAGCCUAAAAGAAAUAUUGUCAGAGCACGCCGCCAUAGCUCUUUGCGCAGUAGUGAUGGUAGUCAAGAUUCGGGAAGAGAGUAUAAUGAUUUGUCAGUUAGUGGAGGAGCACCCCAGGCUAAUGUGACUGAUGCCUGUAAUCCCUCAAGUACUCUUGAAUCAAUACCGGUAGAUCAUGAAGUGAAAAUCUGUUCUGUGUGUCAUACUGCUAUCAAAGAGAAUUCUUGUUCUUGUAAGAGCAGUGAAGUAAAGAAAAACCUGGAUGAGCAGUCAGCAACUGGUUUACAAAGCUCUGCGCAUUCCAGUUUAACACGAUUCAACGAUGUAUGUCAAGCAACCUUUUUUGAUAUCGCUGUGCUUCGAUGUCUGUUUUGUCCCAAUUGGAAUGAUGAAGGAAUCCAGUGGGCUCUGACUUACCUCCUCACACGCCUGCAAGAAAUCACUGAUGAGAAAAUUGCUUCAGAGCGUGUUCGCCAUCGCAGCUGUUCUCUACCUGUGCCACAAAUCAUGGUCUCUAUGGUAGCACCUGUACCUAAUGUUACUAAAAAGUUAUCUCUUCCAGCAUUCAUCAAAUCAGAGAUUGAGACCAGGAGGGAUAGAGACAAAAGUAUCCCAAAUAGGAACAAGAUACAGAAGACCACACCACAAACCACCCCAUCAAGACGAGGUGAUGUACUGGGCAGACCAGUAUAUGCAGUGCCUCGUCUUGUGGAAACACUUGAGAAUGGCAGUCUGUCAGAACAGCAUAAGGUGGCAAUUGAUGAUAAAGAUAAUACUGAGAGAGGUCUUCCAAAUUCAUUAUUUGCUAUGCCAGAAACAACUUUUAAGUAUAACCCUCAACGAAAUGAAAGAGCUUCCAAUCAGCAGGAACCAGUUGUUCCAAAACAAAGAAGAACCAGAAGACCACCAGCAAUAUCAGCACCUUGCAUCAGAUAUCCGCCAGUCUUGGAGACUGAAGAGAGGAAUCAUAAGCCAGUGAAUGAAAAUAGAGAGGAAUCUGAAGGUGCUUCUGUUACUCACACUCCGUUUAGCUCCAGGCCUCCAGUGGUACUGUCGGUACCUGCUGUGUCUGUUAUACAACAACCAAAGUUGGAAAGUGUUGAAUCUGGUGUGGAAGAGAUAAAAAAUCCUUUCCUAAAGAACCUACAAUUGGCAAAGUCUGCUAGUUUUGGUGCCAGCAAGGUGAAACCACUUAAAUUCACAAUUGAUGUCAUUCAAAUCCGUACUCUGCCUUCCUUUGACAACACAGAAAAUCGUUUAUCUACUGGGAGCAGUACCUCAGGUGAAACACCGAUUAUUAGAAAUGGUGGGGUUGGUACGGAGAGAGAUGUUAAACUUUUAAUACCAACUGUGAAAUCACAUUCAGAGCCUUAUCACCGACUCCAGAGGUCAAAAGCGAUCUUGGAAGAACCAGAUGAAAUUAAAGAUGUAGAAGAAGAAGGUACUGGCGACAGUAGUGUUGCCACUGAAGUCAAAGAUCCGUCUCAAGGCGUUUCUCUUGCUGUUCCAAUACCAGAGAUCAAGCCAACAUUAGAACUGCCACCAAAUGAAACAGAGGACAUCCAAGUAGGGAAUGUUUCUGAUUCUAGUAAAAUGGAAAUUAGCACAGAAGUUGCAUCCUCACUUCUGUCACUACCGCCAACGAUCCCAAGGAGCUCAUCAGAUUCGUUUGUUGACUAUUACCGCCCUCAAGAGACGGAAGAACAUUGUGAAGCUCCUGGAUCAACAUAUUACAUUCAGGAGAAUGGUCAGAUGAACUACUGUGUUAUACUGAGGGCACUUCACACUGUCAUCACCAAAGAAACAAAUGCAAAAAUCUGCGAUGUUUCACUACAUAUCAUUGACACCCUAUUAAACUUUAGUGUUAUGGAAAAUAAGUCUGAGAAAAACAAUCAAAAGAGUUCUACGAUACCGAAGAUCCGAGUUGACGGGGGAAAGACCAAAGUGGAAGAGAAGACCACGGCAGGGAUUGAGGAAAUCAGCUCGGAGGAUAUGAAUAUGCAUAAUCUCGUCAUGGAGACAUUGGUGUGCGUGUUUCGAGCACUCGGAUGUAAACACGGAUGCGGAGAAGGCUUGCGUGGACAAGCAGGUAAUACAUUAAGACAGCAAGGUCAGAACUGCUUGAAUCGAAUGUACAAGAUCGAUGCACGACAGUUCCGUCGUUAUUUACGUUUCAUCAUCAGUGCUCACCCGUUGGAUAGCAUCAUAGAUUUUCUUCACGCAUUUCUUGGAUUCUGUGUUGACCCAAAACCGAAACCAUUAGUCUUCAGACCAGUGACAUGGUCACUGAUCUUGCAGCAUAUAAACCAUUCUGGAGAUGGUAGAAGAUAUUUGCAUCUGCAUAGAAAGAUGCUUAGCUCAACAACAUCUCUGCAACAUAACCAACAAGAGGAUUAGGAGCUCACAAUGUUUAUAUUUUCAAUAAGAAUAAAAGGAUUUCAUCAUAAUCAUGAUUUGAAUAUUUUGCCAGAUUUAAUGGUGUUAUUUUCAAGUACCAUGCAUUGAGUGCAGCCACUCAUCUCAUAGCGUGCUAGUUAAACAAAGUUUAACCGUACAAACAUUGAUGCUAUUAUAAAGUGGAUUGGCCAUCUAAUGAUCACAACAGCCAUACAACGAAUAAGUGCAAUUAGUAUGGUGUUAAAGCUUUGGUUAGGACAUUAAAGGUUGAAAUGAUAAAAUAUUUUUAGUUAUGUUCAGAAUUGUAUACAAUACUAAAGGUACAAGUCAUAAUUUAGCAUAUCUUUUUUUAUAACAUAAAACCAAACACUUAAUUCCUAAAAAGAAAUCACUGGCAUCUUAAUUGAAUGAAUGUCUUGCUACAUUAUCGUUGAGUAUGGUUCAAUACAAAUGAGUUUCUAAAGCUGUGGUAAUUGUCAUACAUAAAGAAUGCAUAUUAGAUGAUAAUGAUGAAAGUGCGAUGCCUUACGAUAAUAAUAAAAGUAUACCACACCAGUUUUUGUUGGUUUGUUUCUGCUAGAAAUGCCUCCUGGAAAGUGCAUGAUGCUUUCUGAAUGCCAAUUUGUGUGGUUGCACAGCUAUUUCCACCCAGACUUUGGAAUGCAAAUAACCAUUUUACUGAUGUUAUAAUAUAUGUUUUGUCUUUAAUAGCAAAAAAUUCCAAAUGUUUUUAUACCUGUCAUUAUUACUUUGAUAAUUUUCUAUCAAACAGCUAUAGAAAACAUACAUAGCUAACUUCCUUUUCGUGAAUGUUCUAAAAUAUUGGCAUAGCUAUAUUGUAUUUGCCAUUUGAACCCAUGUACCAGUCACCCAGUUAUACUUCUGGGCGUAAGUACACUGCCCAGCAUCAGAAUUGAACAUAUAAUCAUACAAUUAAUUGUUUUAUAGUACAAAUUAACAAAAUUUACAGCAUUCAUGUUAAUGUCCUCCCUCUUUACUUUGCAAAAGUAGUCUUGAAAAGAAACCCAUCUCAAAAAGCCCAUCUUGAAAAGAAGCCCUUUCAAAGUUCACGAAAAAAAAGAAGCCCAGGGCUUCAAAUCAAGGUUUACGGUAGUUUGAUAUUUAACAUAGAUUGUAUAGUAUAUAACAUUAUAAUACUUAUGGUUUGUAAUAUUUUUGAAAAAUUUUAAUAAUGACGAGUUUUUAUUAAAUGUCAUUUCUCUUCCUGUAA